AUGGCCCCAGUAAACACCCUCGUCCCCCGUGCCCCAGAAGGUUGUCCAAGCACCAUCACCGGAGGCGGAAUCGCCGGCAUCGUCAUCGGCUCUAUCGCUGGCACCCUCCUCGUCCUCUGGCUCUGGCGCGUCUUCAACCUACCCGGCGCCUGGAGCGGCGGCGGUGAACCGGACGUCGGGUAUAAGCCGCCUGUUACGCGGACGCGCGGGCGUAGGCGUCGGAGUCGUGGGUCGAAUGUCGAGUACGUUGAGAAACCGCGGAGUUCGUCGAGGCGGUAUCGGGAUGAUUACUAUCGGGAUGAUUUGAGGAGGCCGGCGAAGGUUUAUUUGACAGAGUGA